AUGGAAGACAACCGGCAGAAGUCUAACACCUCCCGCUCCGCAAGAGCUCAACUGAAUUUCUCGGUGAGCAGAAUUGAGCGCUUUCUUCGAGAAGGAAACUUCUCUCAGCGUUUGAGUGCUUCCGCACCAGUGUUCCUUGCUGGCGUACUAGAGUACCUGACAGCUGAUGUACUUGACCUGUCUGGCAAGGAGGCCCAAGCUAAUGGCAAGAAGCGCAUAACUCCAGAGCACGUAUCCUGGGCUAUUGAGAACAACAAACAUCUUCGUAAAAUCUUCAAAGUUGACAACAAACCUGUGGUCGCUGAGCCAUCAAAACCCUAUGAGAACUACGUCUCGGAGGCUGGAGGCUCAUACCUUGAGCCUCAAAUCGCCCCAAUGUACCCAUAA